GUGGAUUUAUGAAUUACACAAAAUUUGUUGAGUUUAAAGGUUGAAACAAAAAGAAUGCAGAUAAAGGCUCGACACGUUCUUUUGAAAACAAUAUUAUUCGUUUUAUUUGGACUUUAUAUGUGCGGUGGAAAAUAUGGAAUUCGAUGCGAGAACACCUGCUCGUCUACUUGCUAUGAUGUGUGUGACAAUCAAGGGAAUUGUCAGUCGUGUAUGUCAGGGUAUCAUGGUCAUCAAUGUGAAUUUGAAUGCAAUUGCGAGUUCGGGUGUGAUCAACUUCAAGGCCACUGUUUGAAUGAAGCUUGCCCAAUAAACUGUAAUGGUACCUGUGAUGUUUCUUCACAGACAUGCUAUUCAUGUAAUCGUGACGGCCGUAACCAGCAAACUGAAGAAACUCACUCUGGUUCUGUGAUCGGUGGAGCGGUUGGUGGUGUGCUUGGCGUUUGUGCUGUCGUAGCGCUAGUGGUGGUUGUCCUGGUAUUGAAGAAAAAAGGGAUUAUUUGGAAGGAGAGCAAGAAGACGUAUGAGGAUAUAUCACCAGGAAGAAGCCAAGAUGAACCCUACACAACAUUGGCAUCUGCGAGCACGACCGAGUACGAAAUACCCGAUUCGGAGCCAAGGUCCGAGCUGACCAUCGAAGGUGAAGACAACAGGGUGUAUUACAAUGAUGAGAGGGCCUACUACAAGAAUAGCCGUAAUGGCAGCUGUUUGUCCUGUGUAUCGGGAUAUUACGGUUACAGUUGCAACAUGGAAUGUCAACAGAACUGCGCAAGUAAUAGAUGUCAUCAGAAUGAUGGAUUGUGUAUGUUCUGCCCUGCAAACUGUGUAUCAUGUGAGUCCAACACCACUUGUACGCUUUGCAAAGACUCUAAAUAUGGAGAAAUGUGCCAUUUUUCUUGCAACGAGGAGUGUACAGAUAAAAUUUGCAAUAUCAAAGAAGUAUGUUAUAAUUGUUCUUCGUUAUCUGCUUUUGGUAGUUACUGCAAUUUAACGUGUAAUCAUAAUUGUGUUUUGUCUACUUGUGAUAGAAAUACAGGUGCUUGUAGUAACUGUAAAAAUAACUCAGUGUUUGGAAUGUUUUGCAAUGAAAUAUGUAGUCCGUAUUGUCUUACAAACGAAUGUAACCGAGAGAGUGGCGUUUGCUUAAACCGAUGCAGUGAUGGCUACUUUGGAACUAAAUGUGAUCAGGAAUGUUCUCAAGGAUGCCGAAAUAAUUCAGGAACAAUAUGUGAUCCAGAAGGUGCAUGUCUUGGAGGAUGCACUGAAGGAUACCUUGGCAAAAAUGCAAAUCAGGUACAAAUCUCAAAGUGUUUUAAUAAAUAAUUAGCUUGCAAAGUAUCGAAAACAAAGAUAUCAAAAGUAAAAUUUCCACUGAACUACUGAAAAUAACACAGUGAUAAAACA